AUGUGUAACAUGAAUUAAAGUAUGUUUUAAUUCGUGAUGUGUUAUGUGUACAAUAAUAAUGGAUUAUGCAAGGCCACAAUUAAUAUUUAUUAAAUUAAUUAGUAUCUAUAUCUGUGUGCAAGGUUUCGGCAAUUUAGAAUAUUAUCUUAUCUAUCUACCACGGAAUAAGACAAUUUAGACAAUGUAUCUACUAUCAAUAUUCAACUCAUUCCGGCAUUUCGCCAUUAUUAUUUGUUCUUGUUACUCAAAAAGUCAAAACUCAUUAUUCAAUAUUCAUUAAUAAUAUUUUGAUUUAAAUAUUUCAUAUUUAUUAGUAUUUAGUUAAUACUUACCUACUACCACAGAGUACAGACUACAGAGACGGAAUAUAAACUGAAAUUCUUAUUUCUUAUUUACAAUCGAAUUAUAAUUUUUCAUAUCCAUAAUCCUUUUCCGAUUCUCCCGAACUAUUGAACAACGACUUACGGUCAAUGAGUGUGCAUUUCAAAAUGAAACACAAAAUUUGUAUGGCAUCAGAUUUCUUCUACCCAAACAUGGGAGGUGUGGAAGAACAUAUAUUCAAUUUGUCACAAUGUCUUUUAAUGAAAGGAUAUAAAGUUAUCGUCUUAACUCAUUCAUACCAAGACAGAGUUGGAGUACGUUAUAUGACAAAUGGAUUGAAAGUGUACUAUUUGCCAAUCAAACCAUUCUAUAACCAAUGUGUCUUACCGUCAAUGGUUUCUUCUUUACCAUUGAUUAGAUAUGUUUUAGUUCGAGAACAAAUAACUAUUAUACACGGGCAUUCAGCAUUUUCAACUUUAGCUCAUGAAACAAUGAUGAUUGGUCGUUUACUUGGCAUCCAAACAGUAUUCACAGACCAUUCACUAUUUGGAUUUGCUGACACUUCAGCUAUUAUAACAAACAAAUUUUUAGAAAUGUCAUUAGCUGAUUGUAAUCACUGUAUUUGUGUAUCACAUAUUGGUAAGGAAAAUACAGUAUUACGAGCUCGCGUUAAUCACCAUAGAGUUUCAGUCAUACCGAAUGCUGUUGAUACAACAGCAUUUGUUCCCAAGUUGGAAUUAAGAACAACAAAUAAAAUAACAAUUGUCGUGGUUAGUCGCUUGGUUUAUAGAAAAGGUGUUGAUUUGUUAGCUCAAAUUAUUGCUGAUGUUUGCUUGAAAAAUCAAAAGGUUCAAUUUAUUAUUGGAGGUGAUGGUCCUAAACGUGAAUUACUUGAAGACAUACGUAACAAUUUGAAUAUUGGUGAACAAGUAACAUUAUUAGGUAGCUUGGAGCAUUCACAAGUAUGCAAUGUACUUAACCGCGGGCAUAUAUUUUUAAAUACAUCCUUAACAGAAGCAUAUUGUAUGGCUAUUGUUGAAGCUGCAUCUUGUGGAUUAAAGAUUGUUAGUACAAGAGUAGGUGGCAUACCUGAAGUAUUACCUCCAGAACUAAUAAUUUUAACUGAACCUAAUGUCCCAUCUAUACUCCAAGGAUUAUACAAAGCUAUAAACCAAGUAAAUAGCGAACUUGGAGUACCACCAAUUGAAUGUCAUCAAAAAGUACAAUCACUUUAUAACUGGAUGAAUAUUGCCAAAAGAACAGAGAUAGUGUAUAAUAUGGUUUCAUUAGAACCACCAAAAAGUUUAGGAAAACAAUUGCGCAGCUACAUACCAACUGGAGUAUAUCCAUUUUUACUGGUAGUAUCAUUCAUGCACAUAUUGCUAAGACUCCUAGAUUGGUGGAUUCCACGUUCAGAUAUAGAUCUGGCUAAGGAUUAUAAAAUCGAGGAUAGUCAAGUAAAUUCUAAUUCGCCAGUUUUUGAAAACUAAUAGUACACAUUUUGUAAAAUUGUUAUUUAUUCUAUAAAAUUUAUUUUAAAUAUAACAGUUCUAAAAUAAACUUAUUUAUGGACG